GAGGGCUGUAGCAAGACCCCAGCCACAGGAGGGAGGGCCGGCAGGUGAAGACAUGGAGCUUUGUUUAACCGAGAGCCACGAGACACAAGUCACGAGACACCAGCUCUAUUCCUGGCCACGAUGGACUUCUCCCAUGACCUUGAGGGAGCAGAGGGCUGCAAGCCACCUCCUUGGAGCAGGCUGGGUCCUUUCUCUCCUAUACAAGGCAUUGCAGGAGAAGCAGCUGCCCCUGCCAAAGGCUCUGGAAGGUUUUACCUCACCGGGCUUUGCCAAGUGCUUUGCAUCCUUGAGGAAGGUGACAUACCAGCUACACAGUGCUGUCCCCAGUGCAAUGCGUGGAACUCUCCUUGCAGCUGUGGUGAGACUGCCAGCAGGGGAAGCACUGGCAUGGAUGAGUUACCAGGACCUGUAACAGAGAGACUGAAGAUUUCUCCCAAACUGGAUUCAGAGCAUCCACUGACAUCUCCUGCAGAGAAAUACUACCAAGCCUUGGUCACGGGGAACCUGAGGAGCCUGCAGGUGCUGACAGACAGAUACUAUGAAGAUGUCAACCUGGUUUUUGAGAUCAGCAAAAAUGAGCUGGAGUGGCAGGUGAAAAGCCCAGCAUCUUAUGGACUCUCAGGGCUGUGGUCGCUGGAAUACAAGCAGGAGCUGAGCACACCACUGUGCAUUGCCGCCAGCCAUGGCCACACCGCCUGCCUGUGGCACCUCCUGCACCGCCAGGCUGAUCCCAACCUGGCACCGGGGGGCUGGACCCCUCUGCAUGAAGCCUGUCAUGGGGGGCACACUGCCUGUGUCGAGCUACUGCUGGAGCAUCAAGCUGAUCCCAACCUCAGGAGCGAUGAGGGGCUGGCCCCGCUGCACCUCUGCACCACCCGCAACUCACUGCGAUGCGCCGAGCUGCUGCUGAAACAUGGAGCCACCAUUGACCUGCCCAGUGAGGACAGCGGGGAGACAGCGCUACACGUAGCAGCCAAGCAUUGCCUCUAUGACCAUGCCCACCUCUACCUGAAGCAUGGGGCAGACGUGAAUGCCCGCAGCACCCGGGGUGAGACAGCUUUGGGCUUAGUCUGCAGGCAGGCCCCAGAUGCUGCUGAGGAAGCCCUGCAGCUGUGCCGGCUGCUUGUUGUGCGUGGAGCCAAGCUGGAUGCAUGCGAUGAGCUGCGGAGGAGCCCUCUGCACGAGGCCUGUGGGGCAGCCAACAACGUGCUGGUGAAGUUCCUGCUGAGACGUGGGGCAGAUGUCAAUGCCAUUGACUACAACGGCAUCUCCCCGCUGGGCUGUGUGCUGCAGGCAGCUGCCUUCAAGCAGGAGCUGAGGCCUCACCUGGUGGUGCAGCUGCUGCUCAACUAUGGAUCCCAAAAGAUAUGGCCCCAUGCAUUCACAAAGGUGCUGAGGUCCUGUGCAGCUGUGCCAGAGAUCAUUGAAAUCCUCAUCAACUCCUACUCACAAAUCCCCAUCUCUGAGAAGUGGGUGGAGGCUGUGCCGGAGGAGGUCCUGCAGCAGCACCAGCCAUUCUAUGAGUCCUUGUUCCGGCUGUCAGGCACAGUCCGGUCCUUGCAGCACUUGUGCCGCUCCGCCAUCAGGAAGAAGUUUGGCAGCCGCUGUCACUGCCUCAUCCCCUCCCUGCCCGUGCCCAAACCACUGCUGGGUUACCUGCUGCUGGAGCCCGAGGGUGUCCUGCUCUGAAUGCACAGCCCUCCUCUGCAUCUUCCUUGUGGCAGCAUCUGUUUGCUGCUGGCCAAGCAGAGGAGCCACCGUUGUUGUGACAGAUGGGUGCUUUCCUGGGACUUAUAACUAAAACGUGCUUUCAGCUGUAA